GUCUCUUUUCCCAUUUCAAAGCCAUUUUUUCAAUUGACACCGGACUCUUUGCACGGACAUCAUGGGCUCGGUGGUCGACCGACUAAAGGGCCGCAAGGCGACUCACACCGUUGAUGAUCUUCGUCCCGUUGACGAGACUGAUGCCCAACUUCCUCACUCUAGUAGCUUGGAAGCAUCCAACCAAAAGGAUGAGUCCAAUGCCGAUGCGGUCACCAAAGAAGCCCAGGUGGGUGUUCAGAAGGCGGAGGCAGCUGCUCUCAUGUGGAGCAAGAAAGCAGUCUACAUGAUUUACGCAUGGAUCUGGAUUUGUUACUUCAUGCUAUCGCUCCAUGAGUAUAUCGGGAGCAAUGUCCUUUACUACGCUUAUUCCAAGUUUGACUCGGCUCCGCAAGUUACCACGGCCUUCAUCUUGGCCAAUAUCAUUGGUGGUGUACUUAAACUCCCCAUUGGCAAACUUCUUGGGCUCUGGGGACGUGCCGAAGGUCUCAUGGUCUUCCUGGUGGUUUACCUCGUGGGUAUGAUACUGCUGGCCUCUUGCAAAGGCCCCAAGUCUUUUGCUGCUGGGUAUGUAUUCUACUGGGUCGGAUUUGACGCCAUUUAUCUGAUCCUGGAGAUCUUCAUUGCCGAUACGUCCGGCAUGCGAAAUCGAGCCUUUGCGUUCGGAUUCUCCACUACUCCUUACAUUUGCACUGCCUUUACGGGUCCGCUAGCCGCGGCCUCCUUCCUAAAAAUUGGGGGUUGGAGGUGGGCCUAUGGUGCCUUCUGCCUCAUCCAACCCGUCGUCUUUACGCCAUUGAUAAUCACCUUCAAAUACUAUGAAAAUAAGGCAAGAAGGGCAGGUAUACUCACCCGGCAGCCCAGCGGUCGGACUAUCCUACAAUCUAUCAUUCACUACAUCCAUGAGUUUGACGUCAUCGGUGCUCUGAUUUUGAUGGCCGCUUUCAUUCUCUUCCUCCUUCCCUUCAGCCUGGCAACCUAUGGGCGGACACAAUACCGCGACGCGUCCUUCAUUGCUGAAGUGGUGGUUGGGUUUUGUUUAUUCUUCGUUUUUGCAGCUUGGGAAAAGUGGUUCGCCCGCACUCAUUUCAUUCCCUACCAGCUCCUGCGCGACCGCACCGUUCUAGGGGCAUGCUUCGUAGCUGCAAUUCUCUACUUCGGUUUCUACUGCUGGGAUAGUUAUUUCUACUACUUCGUGAUGGUGGUCUACAACCUAGACGUGAAGCUCACUGGCUAUAUGACCUCCAUCUAUACCAUUGGGUCUUGCUUCUGGUCGCCGAUCUUCGGUCUUUGGAUUCGUGGAGUGAAGGAGUUUAAAUACUCCUGUCUUUUCUUUGCUGUUCCUCUCAUGCUGUUGGGAGCUGGCCUAAUGAUUCAUUUUCGAGGACAGGACUCCGACAUCGGCUAUGUGAUCAUGUGUCAAAUUUUCAUUGCAUUCUCCGGUGCUAUGCUUGUGAUUGGAGAGCAGAUGGCUGGAAUGUGUGCAUCGGAUCGUGAUAAUAUUCCAAUCAUUCUUUCAAUGAUUGGUCUAUUCUCCAGUGUUGGGGGUGCUAUUGGAGAUGCCGUCGCGGCUGCGAUUUACACAAACACUUUUCCCCAAGGACUGCGCAAAGCCCUCCCCGCAAGUGCUCAAUCAGAAUGGCAAUCUAUUUACCUCGGCGGAUAUUCAGCACAGCUAGGGUACACCCCAGGAACUGAAGUGCGUGAUGCUAUCAAUUAUGCCUGGGGAUACACACAAAAGUACGAGGCAGUCGCAGCUACCUGCCUGGUCAUUCUUCUGAUUCCAUCAAUCCUGAUGUGGAGACAUUACCGCGUGGACAAGAAGCAGAACAAGGGUGUGACUCUUUAA